GUGCGGAUGUGAAUGUACAGCGGGCGGGGGAUUGCGCGGUUGUUUUGAUCUGUGUUGGCGGACUGGAGGUGAUAGAGAGGGGUCGGUGUACCCUGUCACCAUGGACAGGCCUGCCAGGAAUAAGAAAUCAGUUGAUUACUCACAGUUUUUAGAUCUAGAAAAUGAUGAUGAGGAUUUCGCCUGCUCCGUACCUGUUAGUAAAAAGGCUCGGGUGGAAACAAAGAAAGAUAAAAAAGAAAAAGCCACAAAAAAACCUACAGAGCAGACCUCGUCCCCUAUAAAUUCACAGGGUAAAAGGUUGCCUUUGGAUGAAAAAAUUUACCAGAGAGAUUUGGAAGUCGCUUUGGCAUUGUCUGUACAGAAAACAUCAGUGAUUAUAGAAAAUGAUGGAAAUACUCUCAGAACCGUAUCCCCUGACUUCCUUCCCACUGAUGACAAAGAUCCAGAAGUGUCUUUCUCAAACUGUAGCGUGGACAGCAGUGUUCUGGGUCUUGAAGAGAUCACAGAGAGCAAUGAAGAGGCAGUAAAUGGAAGGAGUCGCAGGCAAGCUGCAUCUAAGGCAAUCGCAGAGCAGAGAAAACUCCUGAAAGAUGACAGCAGCAGUGAAGAGGAUGCAGAUGAAUUUAAACCAGACGCUGCAGUUUAUGGGGACUCUGACACCGAUGAGAGUUACAGUGGCGAUGAUGAAGAAUUUGAAGUCGAGAAAUCCGAAAAAGCAGGAGCAAGCAAUGCUCUGAAGGCCAAGAAUGAGAAGAAAGGAAAAACCACUCCAAAGUCCAAGAGAAGAGGUGGUGACUCUGAAAAUGAAAGCAGUUUUAGUGAAGAUGAAGAGUUUGUAGUUAAGAAGUCUAAAAAGACACCAAGCAAAUGUGCAAAACCCAGGAGCGCAAAGAAAGAAAACUCCCCACCGUCCAAGACCGUCUCAAAUCCAUCUCCUGCCCCUGUGUCCAUUAGAAUAAAGCCAAUGCCAGCCAAACCUACAGCGGCCUCAUCUUCAGGGCUCCAAAAUCCAGCUGGACACAGCAGCCCUUCUGUGGGAAUGAAAAAACCAGCAUGGAGUCCUCCAGCUUCUUUGGGAACUGCACGGAGCCCGCUGAUUGGAGGAGACACUGUGCGGUCUCCUAACCAAGGACUUCGCCUUGGACUGUCAAGAUUUGCACGAAUCAAGCCAUUACAUCCAGCUAAUGUCCAUCACUGAAUUUCUUUUCGGUGAAUCAUCUGAAGAGUGAACAAGAAUUGCCACUCCGUAGGAACUGAAAGACCCCAGAUUCCAUAAACUGGCAUACCCACAAAAUAUAAAUUGACUUCAGCACAACAGCUAGGGAACUACAACUAGCAGGAAUGCCUGGGCUGACUGGUAUUUAAAGUCUUGCUGAAGUUUUAAAAAAUUGCUUGGCCUUGUGGGAUUCAUCAGAACUAAAACCAUGCAGAGACGUGAAUGCUAAAGUCAAUCCUUUGGCUCAUUAUCAAAUUUUCAGAACUGUUUAAUCUUACCGUUUUGCUUUUAAAUGUAAAAACGUUGAAGUUUUAAGGUGACAGAAGAAAGUAACUUUUUUCUACUUUCUAACAGACCAUCUAAUUUUUUACUGAAGAGUUGAGGGGUGUGUAAGGGAUGAGCACUGAUUUGAAAUAAGACAUACAGAGUUGAAUUGGUUUUAGGGAGAGGUGCUGCCAAAGACACUUAUUUUAAAGUGUUUCUAAAGCUAAAAAAAUGUUUUUACCUUAAAAUGGUUGUUAAGUCUGAAGGUUUUUUACCUUUAUGCAUUCUGUGUAUGGAGGUAAAAAACGUACACACUUUUGUGUGCAGCAGCCCCCCCUAACCUCACCUGAGCCCCAAUACAGCCUCGGCUCUCUGGGGACUCUCCUUCCUCAUUGGCUGAGACAGCAGUGGGAGCCAAUGAGGAGAGAUGGGGCGGGGCAAAAGCCACGGCUCUGUGUGUGUGAAUUGACACACAGACCAGUGGCUUGGGAGCGAGCUGACUCAGGUUCCCUCGAAGCAAGCUGCUAGCUAUGGGGGCAGGAGAGAGAGGCCAGGAGUGUCGGUGGGGCACCCGAGAAGAGCAGAUAUCGGGGCUACCCUCUGCAAAACCGCUGCACAGAGUGGGUAAGUAUGACAUGUUUGUUAUUUUAAAAAAUGCCUUUUAAUAUCACUUUAAUUCAUUCGCUGCAUUAGGUUAAACAUUUUUUGGACUUAAUGUGCCCCCCCCCUCUGAAUACUUGCCUGACUUCUGGAUCGAUACAGCACUGUGCCCAGCCACAGUCUACUCUCCUCUCUCCCUCCUCACACAUGGACUGACGGGCAGUAGUGGGAGCAAUUGGCUUCUGCUACUGUCAGUCAAAUCAGUGAGGAGGGAGCGGCACGUGUGUCAGUAGAUGCACACAGCCUGGCUCAGGAGCAAACCCACAGGUGUACCCACAUAGGAGAUGCCCCUAGAAGAGGAGGAGCCUAGUCUGCUGGUGGGCAACUUCAGAAAAGGAACUUUGGGGUCACUCUGUGCAAUACAAUUGCACAAAGCAGGGAAGUAUAACAUAACAUGUUUAAAAAAAAAAAGACUUUACAAUCGCUUUAACUGCAUAUUUAUCUAUGAAAACACACCUGUUAAUACACAUUCACCAGACUUCACAGAUUAUGGCUGUAAAUCGCUAAAUGGCCUUCCUCUAUGGGCACAGUAGAACUUAAAGUGAACCUCUAUGUUAGGAAUUUUAGAUUUUCAUGAAUGGGGAAAAAACACACGGGGGGGUUGUCCUCGCCGACUCUUCUUUCUGCAGAUAUUGCCUUGUUCACAUCUUCUUUCUUUCACUGACCCAUAACAAAUUGACAGAUCAAGAAUACUUCCAUUCUGGAUCAGCACAAUUGGCAGGCAGUCAGCAUUUUCAGAUGUACAGGUGUACUUUUAGGCCCUUUUCACACUUUUAUGACUUGUCCCAUGAUUUGGAACUGCAAAGUAGCAUGACGAGUCAUUCUUCAUUAUUUCCAAUGACAACUAAUCAUAUUGGUACGACUUCAAGUCAUGCCUACUUCAAAGUAGUCCCUGACCACUUUGGUCCAACUUUGAUGCGAGUUACACAGGCAUUCCCUAAAAUCGCAUCAAAACCGUGGCCGCAAAAUCGUGUUAAAAUCUUUGGACUUUGAAGUCGCGAUAGUGUGAAAGGGGCCUUAAAGCGGAGGUCCA